AUGCUGGAGAUGCCGCCAAAGGGCGAUGGGGACGACGACGACGACCAACCCCAGCUCAAUACCAACUACGACGACGAGGAGCAAAAUGCUGUCGAUAUCUACCGUGGGCCACUAAUUCGAAGCGCUUUUCGGGCACUGGUGCAAGAUUUCAGUCCGAUUUGGUUCACAUGGUGUAUGAAUGCUGGCGCCAUUGGGACUCUCCUCCACCAGCUCCCAUACCAGUUCCCGGGGCUUCGUGUGCUCUCGACGAUAGCAUUGACCAUUGACCUCGUCCUCUAUGUGGUCUUCUCGGUCCUCUUCAUCCUGCACUUCGUCAUCUACAAACGACGGGCGUACCAGGAACUCGUCGACAACGUGUUGGACUUGUGUCUGUUCCCGUGCUGGUCCAUUGCCUUCAUGACGCUGGUGUCGUUCGUCACCCUGACCGUGAGCGAGGCCUCGUGGGGCGGCCAUGCGUUCACCAUCGUCGCGUGUGUUAUGUGGUGGAUAGCAGCGGUCUGGAGUUUCGGCCUCUUGCUUUUCGUCUUCUCCAACCUGAUCCAGCAGCACACCAUCAUGGACCCCUAUCUCCCGACUCUCAUCAUCAUCCCCGCCGUUGGAGUGGCCACGUUGGCGGCAGUCGGGGGCAUCUUCGCGUGCUUUGCGCACAAGGUGUCUCCGGGACUCGCCGUCCCUGUCAUCAUCAUGUCACUGUGCGCCGUCGGGGCGGGAAUCUUCCUCGGCCUGAUUCUGUACACCUUCCUGCUCUACCAGCUGCUGGCGAAAGGGUGGCCAGCUCCCCCUAUGACCGCCACUCUGUUCAUCCUCGUGGGACCCAUGGGACAGUCGGCCGCGGCGCUGCAACUGCUGGGGUCGGCGGCCAACACUCACGGACACUUCGGAGCCUACAACCGAGGGAUCUUCCUGACCGCGUCGGCUGCCGCGUCGAUGCAGGUAACCUGCACCUUCCUGGCGCUGUUGAUGACGGGUCUCGGCGCGGUGUGGCUGGGCUUCGCCCUCGUCGCCAUGCUCCUCCGGCUCGUCCGCCGCGAGUUGACGUGGGCACCGACGUGGAACGCCAUCAUCUUCCCCACGGGCACGCUCACCACCGCGACGCUGCUGCUGGGCACCGAGCUGGAGUCAGCCUUCUUCAAGAUCGUCACCGUCAUCCAGGUCGUCUUCUUGAUCCUGGUCUUCUUCGUCAACGCGGCCUUCACCUUGCUAAAAAUCUGGAGAGGGGAGCUUCUCAUUGUCAGAGAAGACCAUAGGGUGAAGCAGGCCCUAGGGGGAAAGCCAAAAGCGACUUAG